AUGAAAAACAUCAACAGAAACAAAAGUCAGAUCAACAGUGAGUUCUUCUCUGGGAUAGAAAAGUGCAAGGUCUUGUUGAAAAGAACUCUUACUCCUAAGAGCUUCAACGACGGAGAACUUGUGACUGGUGAAGGUAAAGGCUACUAGUGCAUCUUCGUUUGGCUUUCAUCUCCCGUGAGAGAGCAACUCGUAACUUCUCUCAGAUUUCUAUGUAUUUUUCAGACGAAAAUUACUAGUUUUGAAGACAAAUUUCGAGGGAUUAGCUUAAUCUCUAGAAUCUUAAGUCGCCGCCUACUUCUUGAAUUAUGGGAGCCACAAUCUUAUGCCAUGUUUUUCAAUUUUAGAUUAUUUUUUACACCGUUUGUCUACUGUAUACUUUUCUUAUUAAGUAUAUCCUUAAACUUAAAGACAAUUUUCAUCCCCCAAUGACCCACUCUGUUUCCAGGUUUGACCGCCUUGGUUGAGCUUUACGUGCAGGCCAUCAACACUCCGGGAGUGAUUCCUAAUGUCCAUUCAGCUUGGGACACAUUUGUAACAGAUAAAUGUUCUGAAGCAACGCACGAAGCCAUGAAUGUCUACAGCGCUGUUGUGGUUUCAAAACUGUCCAAUCAGCUGCCAUGUGACUCCGAAGACAUUCGUAAAUGUCAUGAAACGGCAUUUGACCAAGCAAUUGGUGAGUUUCAAGCUGAAACAAUCGGAAUAUCCUCCAUUACAACCGAGAGGUACCUAAACUAACUGGCGGUAAGGAGUUUUUACAGAUUGCUUAAGCAUUCCUCAUUCAGUACUUUGGAAUAAAAUGAUGCCGACGAACUUUUGCAAACUUCGUCCAUUGUUUUCCCAACAUUUUUGUGGGGAUGAAUAAAAUUUUCGAUAUGUGACAGAAUUCUAACAGGACAAAAUCUUUAUGAUUUAACUCAAGGUUUCGGAUCUUGGUGAAAUAUCUAAAAGCAGCAGAGUACCUGGUCCGAAAUCGAGUGCGGUGAAAAGAAUAGGUUGUGCAGAAGCAUUUCCAAAGCAAUGAAAUAUCCUUAGUUCUUUUUCCACGAGGCUCAAAACUUUCCUCAAGCUUUGCUAACGCUUCGCGUUACACAUUUUCUGAUGACUGUUUUUUGUGCACGUUUCCGCGCCAGGUGGAGGCUACUGCUUGUUCAUUUCAUGGCAGCAUCGACCUAACUCCAAUCAAUAAGUGAUAAAUAUUUAGUAACUGUCUGGUUAUACAACCAUGAAUGCCACAAAAUAAUAGUUACAGUGCUUCCCAGCAUUCAUUGUUGGACUUACUGGGGAGAAAUGUUCUUAAAUUUCAAUUUUUUUUUUGUACAAGUUACUUACAGAAACAACCAAUAAAUGUCCAGUUGCUGUAUGGGAACUAACAACAGCACGGAAAGAUGAACACUGGUAUUCACUGUGAAUAUAAAAGGUCUAUUUCUUUUUUUAUUAUUUCUCAGUCGUUUGCAGACCGAGAGUAUGUCACGUGGCAGACUGAGAAUGAUCAGUUUACGCGAGAGGCUUGUGACGCUCUCCUGAAGCAACUCAAAAAACAACACUUGGACCCAAUCCUCGACCAGCUCCAUGGUAAGGAAGGCGCCAAAGUCAUGUUCGAUGACAUUGUAGCAGGUUACAAAAAGAUUGAGCAGGACUACAAAGCUCGUGCCACCGGAGCUAAACAAGUUUGUGCUGCUGUGUUCUCCGAGUUUCAUCCGGUAAAUAGAGUUUUACUUGGAAUUAAAAAUUCAGACCAAAAAUGAGACAAAUUAAUGAGUUAAAAGGUUUCUAAUCUGUGCCUUCCUUUUUUUUCCAUGACAUUAAUAGUUUCACGGACAAAAAGAAAAUACCAACCGAAUUCAGUUCCUUUAAUACAAGUACAUUGCGAUUCUUGGUCUUAGAAACUAUUAUGUAGUUACAAGAUGAUAUAACUUCAUAAUCUCUUGGUAGUUACCACAAAGAAAACCAACAGACAAAGCAACGAUGUAAGCGAAAGUUCUACUUUUAUCACAGGAACUUAUGACAGAAAUGCAACAAUACUUGGGCGUGCUGAAACAAUCAAAGGACUUUGACGAGAAUCGAGAAAUUGCCGCCAAAGCCUAUCAAGAGCAAGAGAAGAUAAAACUUGAGGUACUGAUGAUACAAUUUUAAUCGACUCAUUUAUCAUAUUACUUUUUAACGGGAAAAAAUUGAGAAUUAUAAAUGCCGGGAAUGGAGAAUAGGAAAUGAAGAAUGAGGAAAAAGGAAUUGGGAAGAAUUAGGAAUGGAAAAUGAAAUGGGAAUUUUUUUGUUUACGUUCUGCGGCUAAAUAAAAGGAACGGAAAAUAACAUCCUUUCUUCAACAAACUUAAUCAACUGAUUAUUAGUAGAACAAAAGCUGAUUGAAGUUCAUGCUUUCUUUCUCUGUUCUUUGUCAAAAACAUUGCUGGAUUAAUUUAGUUUCCAUGGUGAGGAUAUAGAAUUUCAUCAUCUGCUAGACAAAGCCUGUACUGAUGUGACUUUUCGUCCUUAUUUAAGAAGGAAUACGAACUUUUACAACAAGAAAAUCUUCAGCGCCAUAAGGAAGUAAGACAUUUUGAGUCAAUGUCAGUAUCUGAGAAACUGCACACCUGCCCCUCCCCUAACUCAACAACAAUCAUAUAAUAGCAAGUUAGGGUUAAUGUUGGGUCAGGGGAGGGGUAGGUGUGCAGUUGAUCAGAUUCUGAUAUUGAUUCGACAUUUUCACAAUCACUAUAGAAUUCACUCCACGCUUCAAAAAUCGUCAAAUCUAUCAUUUGACGAUUUCCAUUUGUCCAGAUCACAAAAAGAGAAUAAAAGAACAAAGAGGACCGUUGACUGCUUUUUGUGAGUUUUGCCUUCUCAGACGGAAGCGCUAAACAUGCACAUCUUUGAUUCCAGAAAGCACAGACGCACGAAUUUUAUGGCGAUAAAAUAUGGUGAAAUCCAAUUAAAGACGUAGAAAAGUAAGCUUUUUUAAAAAGCGUGAGUACACUCAUUCCUGGGAACUAGGUUUUUUGAGUAACAUCCGAUUUGGUACCAGAGCAGGUGAAAUAAAAACAAACAAAAGGCUGACAUCUUGUCUGAACGAGUCCUCGUGCCAGGGCCGCCCUCUCUGCCUGCUUAUUUUCUCUUGGUUCCAUUCCAAUGUAAUUUUAUGAUGUGUCAACUUAGAUUGAUUAUUCCUUAAUUUUUUUGUUAUAAGAAUAUUACCUCAUAAUAACUUUACCUUCAAAUGUCUCAAAAUAUAUCUUUAGAAUGAAUAACGCUAGCAAGAAUUUAUCCCAUUAAGUGUUUUCUGUGAAAGAUUUUAAAUUUCAUCAGAAAUUCAUUCUGAGUGACUGAGAAAUUUGAUGAUUUUAGCACAGAGGUGAACAAGAGUAGAUGCCAUAGUAUUUUUCAUCAUGACUCUCCUAGAGCUGUCUGACCUGAACUUUUUCCUGUCUGGUAAUUAGAUGGAAAUGCUGCAGCAUAUCAAACUCUUUCCCCAGCGCGACGAACAUUUGUUUUUCUCGGUUCCAGGUGUACGCGUCCACUAACCCUACUUAAUACGCAUGCUCUCCGUUGCGAAUUUUAAAAAUGGCGGACAGGUCAAAGAGGGAAAUAAAAAAAGCAAAGCGAUUUUGCAAUAAAUACUUAACAUAUACCCCCGUUAGAAAGGCGAAUCCACGACAGAAAGAUACAAAACUGUAUGAUAUUGAGAUCAGGGAGGUUGACAAAAUCAACAAGAGAGGUUGAAAAUUCAUUACGUAGGCUAUAGCACAUGCUUCGAUGAAUGGACACCCUUCAGGGCCGAUCGAGGAUCUGGAUAUUUUUCCGUUUGUUCGCAGCGAAAAGCUGUUCAUUCCCUCGGAAAACUCUCUAGAGGAUAGAAAAGAAUCGUUCCAUGGCCAACUUGCUCGUGAAAUAAAGAAAAAGCUUUGAUCUGGACGGCGAGAGGACCCUGAUAUAAACAUAGACCUUAAUGUUGACCAAGAUAUUUUCAUGGAAGGUCUUGGGAGUGUUUUGCCCGGCGUUCUUCAAAGAGGGAAGAUGGUUUACCAGUUGGAGUCAAAUAUAGUGCUUGAUUCAUAUCUGGGGCUGAAGUGGGAUGAAAGAAUUUUAAAUGUAGCUGAAGAUUUUGCCUAUGUAAUUCCAGGAACUAUUAAGUAUUGGCUGGGACAAAGAAGUUUAAUCAUUGAAUACAAGGUCAUCGUUGUAGGUGUUCUUAACCCUUUCAUAACCUGCUGCCUCCAGGAACUGAAUCCUGUUUUUCUUCAGAAACAGUUGUUUGAGGGCAUCAACCCCUUUGUGAUUUGUGGAUCUGAAGAAAUCUUUAGAAGCUCUACUAUUGUAUUUUUCCAAGCCUUGCUGUGUGUAAUAUACUAUGUUCUGAUAAAGUGACAGGAACUCAGGAACAUGAUAACAUAGUGCAUGCAUGUAGGGAGUGACAUCUUUUGCUUGGUAAACUUUGAGAAAGUGCUCAAACCAUGAUUUGAUAUUUCUUUGCAGUUCAAGAAUACCCUCUUCAGAUGUAAAAUCUAGCUUCAAAUCACCAAUUAUGUCCAUAAAUUUAACCCAGAUCACUUGUAUGUAUUUGUUUUGACUGCAAUGAGGGACAAGCAUAGGUCAGAAUGUUUAUAUUCUGAAAGAGUUUCAACUUUUCUGGUUCAGUAAGAUCUCUAUAUUCCAGCUUUUUGCUCUCUUUGUUGAUUCUAAAAUUAAAAGUGAUUCCCAUACUUUUGAUAAAUUCUUCAUAACAUGCCAUGUGUUUAUAUUUAUCCCUUGGGAAUCCAUCAGAGGUUUUUUUUUUCUCAAUAGCAUCACUUCUUCUCAGCUCUUAUAUGAACAAGUUAAUCAAAACAUCUGAAAUCCUCAGAAAAAAAUGUAAUGUAUCCAUGACGACAUGGUCCAUAGAUAUAAAAUCAAAUAAUGGUUGUGCCUUACAGUUUAAUUUCUUUCCAGUGGAAAACCUUGCUAUUUUGGUGACAGUUCUAGCACCAAAUUUGGGGUCAUUAAUUGACCAUGUUUUGCUUGUGUCCCACUGUUGCUCCCUGGGACACUUGCACCACACACAAGCAUAAUCCUCAAUUUCAAAUCUCCACCUAAAAAGUAUUCAAUUUUAUAGGUGCAAUUAUUUGCACUUAUCUCCUUUAAGUUUGACAUUUCCAUUCAAAGGUCUGUUAGGCUGUCUCUCAGAUUAUCAUAUGUCUCUGUAGUUUUUAUAACAGCAAGUAUAUAAUUUCCCUUCACACCCAUUGCCACAUCCUUUUCAAGGAGAAUAGUAAAAGUGAAGUUGACAACUGUAAGCCCCUUCCCAAUAUUUGUGCCAUCACCACUAAGCUUGAUCUUAAUAGUUUCUCCAUCAUUGAUUUCUCCAUUCUUCUGAAGCCUAACAAUGUGCUCUUGCAAGCUUUCUGCAAAUCCUAACUGAACACCUUCAGCAUCUCCUGGUGUUGGUUUCAAGUUCCAUUCACUGUUUAGCUCAUUAAUUUGCUUCUUGAUGGAAUAUAUAUUGGGGAGAUCAAUAGCCUUAAUGGCAAUUUCAUGCCAGGCCUCAUUUGAAAUAAUGAAUUUAUCUUUGAGGUAGAGCCACAUAUUUAUGUUAUCAAUGUCAUCAUUAUUAAGGGCCUCUGGGUCAGACUCUGUAAAUGGCAGCUCUCCCUCUCCAACAAGAUUAAAAGUUUCAUAUUGAUUAGUCUCAGUGUUGAGGACUUCAAUUUUGGUUGCAACAAAAUUGUACAGCCCAAGAAAGGAGAGUGUAGUUUGGCACUCCUCCUUCAGUUGGUUUUUAAUUCUCUUUUGAUGGUGCUUAGAAUAGUCAUUAAACUUCUUCUUAGCUGGGCCUCUACCUUUUUUCCCAUUUGUAAUCACUUUUUUGGCCAACUAAAUAAAUUUUUUAUUGUAGAAGGCCCCUUUCUUCUCAGCUUUCUCGAGAGCUUCUCAGGCUUUUUUUAUCCACUCGCAAUCGCUUUGCCUUCUCCUGUACCAACGAUUCUUCUAAUUUUAUUUUUUCUCCCCUCAACUGGCUGUUCUCAUCUUUAAGCUGAUGUACAUCAACCUCGUUGUAAUACACCUUAAAUCGAUACCGAGGGCCCGCUUCCAAAUUGCUAAGAAGUGCAUUUAAUUGCCACGAUUACUAGCUUUCUUGACAGCUUUCUGAAAACAGAAUAGUUUCUUUCUGAAGACUUCUGAUAUAUGGCUAUUGAUUAUUAUACCUCGUAUACCUGAUUGCUCAAACAUUUUGUUUACAAUUAUUGAAAGGACCGACUCGUGGUUUUCUCUGAAAACUUCUUUGCUUUGAAAUAGUAUAGAUUAGUAACCUGAAACGAAAAAUUAAUUAGGGAAGUUUACGAAAAAUCCAGCGAACAAGCUUAAAAAGGGCAUUUAUUUAGACUUCAUACUGCGAUGAACUUCACAAAUCUUACUUGUUUAUCUCGUAAGUAAACAAUGGCAGAUUAAUUCCCGAAGUGCUUUCUGAGUUUCCCAAUCCCUCUCCUUACUGCUUUCACGCUCACAAAACAGGAAAAAAUCAAAAGGAGGAAGAUACAGCUGUUUUGAAACGCCAUUUGACGAGGGUAAAUCUGCUUUUUGUUCGACACAUUACAUAUCAAAACAAAGGAAAUUUGUUCCUCUUUUUGAUUCUGGCGGUACAUUUUUAAAUUGCGCUUGCGUAAAAGGGAUAUCGCCCGAGACGCUUCGCUCGGUUGUGUUUUGAACAAAAACGCCUUGUUAAUUUCACGCAACCGCUCGGAGAAAAGGUUAAAACGACGAGGGAAAAACUUUACCUUCAAGUUAGAAAAUUAGCGAAAUAGGAAGCCACAAUAUUAUAGUUUAAUAUUUCAGAGGUACAUUGAGUGCUUUUUCCGUAGAGAAUCCGCACGAUGGUAAAAUGUUCGAAAAUUACACUCGAUUUGAGUGGGGCGUUGAAGUGGGCGUGGUCACUAUAUUCAUGUUAAGACUAUUUGUACCCCGUGAGUUUGAUAUGCAAAACAGGAGGAAGAAAAAAAGAGACUCCGUGAACAGAUGGAAGCUGAAACAGCGGUCCAACGACAACAAAUGGAGAACAUGGUAAAGGCGAGAAUGAUGGAGGUUGAAAAACACAGACGAAAUUUCAUGCAAGAAAACCAGGUACUCAGCCAACGACUUGCACAAAUGCAAAAAUCAAAUGAAGGCAUGGAGAAGACAAAGGAGAGCUUGAGACAACAGCUGCUACUCAAUCAGAGCCGACAACGGCAAGUUCAAAAGCCG